ACUACAUGGUACCAUAUGUUUUCGUUCACAGACCUUCUUCUGGCGUGCGCGGUGGCAGCGUUGGGUCAUGCUUCUUUGGGUUUAGAAGAGCCUGAUUGCUCCUCAGGAUUUGUAGAAUUUUAUCCACAUACCAGCUGCAAUAGCUAUUACCGUUGCUACAACGGACAAGCGAUCACAUUUAAUUGCCCUGAAGGAUACCACUUUGAUUCGACAACCAAUACUUGCAUGCAUGCAGAAGCAACGUCCUGUGCACGUACCCAAAGCAAGCGUGUUAGCAUAUUCGAUGCGACACAAGCAUCUCAACCGUGUCCUCCAGAAAAACCUUGCCCAAAUUUCGGUUUUUCAAUGCUCCCUUACCCUCCAGACUGCAGAAUUUUCAAACAAUGCGCCUAUGGUUCAAGUAUUCUUGUUUUCUGUCCUGAUGGACAGGAAUUCAACCCAAACGCUUUAGAGUGCCAAGAUCCAGCGAUAGCAAAUUGCUUGGUUUGUAGUCCUACAACAAUUGCACCAACUACCACCACACCAACCUCAACAACAACCAGAACAACGACAACAACGACGCCAACCACCACAACAACCACCCUAACUACCACGACAACAACCACUACAACAACCACUCCAACUACAACAACGACGCCAACCACAACUACCACUCCAACUACCUCGACAACAACCAGGACAACGACGACAACGACGCCAACCACCACCACUACCACUCCAACUACCACGACAACAACCAGGACAACGACGACAACGACGCCAACCACCACCACUACCACUCCAACUACCACCACAACAACCAGAACAACGACAACAACGUUGCCAACCACGACAACAACUAAACCUACGACAACGAAAACAACAACAACCGCUACUACUACUAAACCAGUAAGCACCACUACUAAACCAACAAAUGAGUGUCCUGUGAAACCUCAAUGCCAUCCUUUAGAACUGACUCGCUUAGCGUAUCCACCUGAUUGUGCAAUCUACCAACAAUGUGUGCUUGGAUUUUCAUAUUUGGUGCCAUGCAUUCCUGAAGGAACAGAGUUCAGCGUCGAAUUACGACAGUGCGUGGAGCCGUCAAUCGCAAAAUGUCAGAAGUGCAAUUCCGAGUCUACCACAACUGUUGCGCCGACAACAUCUAAGCCAACAACCACCAGGCCACCUACGACAACAACCACUAGACCACCAACAACAACCACUAGACCACCUACUACAACCACUAUACCACCUACAACAACCACUAGGCCAACAACAACUCCAAUCCCCACAACAACCACUCCCAAACCUACAACAACAACAACCACUAGACCGACGACAACAACAACCACUAGACCGACGACAACAACAACCACAAGACCGACGACGACCACCACAACUUCUACGACGACUAAACCAUCAGUUGUGUGUCCAGCAAUCCCAAAAUGCAGAUUCCUUGAGACCACUCGCUUAGCUUAUCCACCAGAUUGCACUGUCUACCAGCAAUGCUUUUUAGGAACAACGACACUCGUUCCAUGCUUUCCCGUAGGAACAGAAUUCAGCGUCACUGAGCGAAAAUGCGUAGAUCCAUUAAUAGCAAAUUGCCAAAAAUGUGAUGUGCAAUUAAUGGUAUAUGCUCUGUUCUGCUCACGGGUAAUUGUAACUGGCAUUCUGGUAGCGGUGAGCUUGGCACGAUCAUGUCCAGGAGCACCAAACUGUUUGUCAAGUCUAGAUGGCCUCUACCCUCACGAAAACUGCAACCAGUACUACCAUUGCCACAAUGGAGUGAAUUUUAUUUUCACCUGCCCUAAUGGAAUGAGCUUCGACCCAGAAAGCAAAGUGUGCGACUUGGCAGUGAAUGUUGAAUGCACCUCUUGCGAAUUUGAAACGAAGCUGGUCGUCAGCGGAGGUGGUGGAGGGGGCGGUGGAAACAGCGGGGGCGGCGGCGGUGGAGGUGGUAAUUGCGGUGGAGGAGGAGGUGGCGGAGGUGGCGCCAGUGGAGGUGGUGGUGGAGGCAGCGGAGGUGGAGGCGGUGCCGGUGGCAUUGGGGGUGGCGGUGGUGGCGGUGGAGGCGGUGAUUGUGACCCAGCAACGACGACUAGGAAACCAACUACAACAACGAAACCCACUACAACAAAAUCCACAACUACAACGGCAAAACCCACGACAAUUACGACCACAAAACCCUCUUCAACUACAAAGCCCACCUCAACAACGACAAAAACCACUCCGACCACCACAAGAACCACCCCGACAACGACAAAAACCACCCCGACAACGACAAAAACCACCCCGACCACGACAAAAACCACCCCGACCACGACAAAAACCACCCCGACAACGACAAAAACCACCCCGACUACGACAAUAGCAACGACAACUACUACCAGAACAACAACAACACUUAUUCCAGCGUGCCCAUCACUUCCUACAUGUCCAUCUCAUGGAGCAAAAAUGCUUCCCUAUCCACGCGACUGCAGCAAGUAUGUGCAGUGCUUCUUUGGUAUUUUGACACUUGGUGAGUGUCCUGAAAACUACCAAUUCAGUCCUUCUCGUUUGGAAUGCCUUCCUGCAAGUAUUGCGGGCUGCACCGCUUGUGGCACUAACACGCCGGCUCCUUCAACCACACUGCCGCCAACCACAACCACAAGACCGACAACCACUACCACAAGGCCGACAACCACGACCACAAGACCGACAACCACGACCACGAGGCCGACAACCACGACCACAAGGGCACCGACAACAACGACAACAAGGGCACCGACAACAACGACAACAAGGGCACCGACAACAACGACAACAAGGGCACCGACAACAACGACAACACCUUCCACCCCAGCCUGCCCAGAACAACAGUCCUGCAAUCUGCUUGAGAUCUCUUAUCUCCCUUAUUACGCCGAUUGCAGCAAGUACACCUAUUGUUUCUUGGGCAUGGAGACUAUCAGAUCUUGCCCACUCAACUCUGAAUUUAGUCCAAGGUAUAAACUUUGUGUAGAUCCGAGUAUUGCGGGCUGCACAAAAUGCAUUCCCUAAGCAACAAAUUGACGAAAAAGCGUCACUUAUUUCACCAUCGUUACUUCCAACGCAAUAUAUGCAAUAGUGUAGAAGAUUAUAUAAUUGUACAAAAUCUUUGUCAUUUGAUACAGAUUUUCAAUUGGGUUUCAUUAUUUACAUGGUACACAUGUAGUCACUUUGUUCCAUCUUCCUUAAUUUCUGGAGUUUCUGAUCUGCAUUCAAUUAUUGUUGAUUUACUUUCACUGUUCAUGUUUGAUAGGAAAAUAAAUGUACUAUCUUCACUACUUAAA